AUGGUCUUCGAGCUGCUGGGCAAGACGCUGCUCCACGCGAUCCAGGAGCGCGGCGCGCUGCCGCCGGCCGAGGUCCGCGCCGUCGCCGCGCGGCUUUUGGAGUGCCUCGCGUUCGUCCACGACGACGUCGGCGCGCUCCACACGGACAUCAAGCCCGAGAACGUGCUCCUGGAGCCCGAGGCGCCGGGCGGUGCGGCGCGCCGCGCCGUCAAGCUCGUGGACCUGGGCACCGCGUUCUACGUCGACCGCCAGGCCGCGCGCGACAUCCAGACGCGCGAGUACCGCUGCCCCGAGGGCAUCCUGGGCAUCUGGCCCUUCGGCCCGGCGGCGGACGUCUGGUCCGUGGGCUGCCUCGUCUUCGAGCUCCUCACGGGCGAGACGCUCUUCGACCCGCAGUCGCCGCGGCCCGGCGAGGCGUUCACCAAGGACGAGUCGCACCUCGCGCAGGCCGUCGAGCUCCUCGGGCCCGUGCCCCCGGCCCUCGCGGCGCGGGGGCACCGGUCCGCCAAGUGGUUCCUCGGCGACGCGUCGACGCUCAAGAACAUCGCCAUCGCGCCGCCGCCGCGCGGCGUCGACGCGAUCGCGCGCGUCCUCGAGGAGAACUUCGGCUUCGACCGCGGCGACGCGGGCGACGUGUCGACCUUCCUCCGCGCGCUCCUCGCCUACGACCCGGCCGACCGCGUCACCGCGAAGCAGGCCCUCGGCCUGCCGUGGCUCCGGGGCGCGGCGCAGGACGACGUCGCCCUCUGA